UGUCCGCAUGAGGCGCUGCUUGCUCAGACUUGGGCCUGCUGCUGUAGAUCCGCGGGGUGUAGAGCUGCUCUCCGCGCAUCUAUCCGUGGUGUUUCUGUGUGGGGCGUUCAGCCCAGCAGCGUCGCCUUUGCCUACCCACCAGCUUCGGGAAGGGGCUGACUUUCUGCCUCCGCUGCCGAUCCUCCCGCACUCCCUCCGUUCAAGAGGGGAUAAACACAGAGUUAAAGUCCAAGCCGGGCAGCGUUGCAGUUUCAGCGUUAGCGGCGAUUUUAAUUUAUUUUUUAUCCCCCCUCCCUCUCUCUCUCGCUCGCUCCCUCCACUCACGCGACUCAAUUGUUGCCGUUGGACCAAACGGGAUUGAACUUGAAACGAACCCGCAGACAUUUUGUUAUUUCUGAGAUUUCUUCUUCACUUUUUUCAUCCCUGUGGCGGCUGCGGGGAGCGAGCCGCGAGCUGUAAGGGGGCCAACGGCACGAGGCGAAACACGGUCGGCGUUCACCUUCCGCUCCGCUCGCGGGCUGCAUCCAAACAUUUACUGCACGCACGGCGUUAUUAAUUUACCUGCGCUGAGCUCGCGACGCUGCCGCUCGUGCGCUAAAGCGGAAAGCUUACAACGGCGAUGAAUCAUUUUGACUGACAGCUUUUGAAGAAUUAGCUAGCUUUAGCCAGCACUGAUGGUGCUUUCCUGCUCACGCUAAAGCAGUAAAUACGGGGUCGGGACAACCCAGAUAGGACACAGACUCUUUUGCCUCUCUAACGGCCGCAAAGUGCAUCACUUAUAAUCGGCUUAAUUUUAUAUUUAUUUAUUUUGUUUAAAAGAGGUGGUGGGGUGGGGGGAGUCCCCUAGCUACUGUUAGCUAGUCAUCCUGCUAACGCUGGACAGCUCCUGUGUACGGCUGGGCUAGCUUUGGACAAAAGAAAGAGCAACGCAAGGGGAAAUAUAAACAUCGUGUUUGGAAAGGAGAGCAACAAACAAGGAACUGACAUGAUGUUUCCACAAUCAAGGCACUCAGCCUCAUCGCAGCAGCUGAAAUUCACAACCUCUGAUUCCUGUGACAGGAUCAAGGAUGAGUUCCAGUUUCUUCAAGCACAAUACCACAGUUUGAAGCUCGAGUGUGACAAGUUGGCCAGUGAGAAGUCAGAGAUGCAGCGCCAUUAUAUCAUGUACUAUGAGAUGUCCUACGGGCUCAACAUUGAGAUGCACAAACAGAUGAACUCCAUCAUAAGGCAGCAGCUCCAGGCUCACCAGCUGUCUCAGCUUCAGGGCCUGGCCCUGCCCAUGACUCCGCUGCCGCUGAGCCUGAGCCAGCCGACCCUCCCUGCCGUCACCACCUCCUCUGGUCUCUUCUCCCUCUCUUCCCUGCUGGCGUCUCAAGCCCAGCUGGCCAAGGAGGAGAAAGCAUCGCGGGAUGGAGUCGACAGCCACCGUGAGGAGGAUGGAGACAAGUCUGAUUAGAUGGUGUUUCAGCCCUAUUCAGCUCUGUUUUUAUCCAGAGACCUGAAUCCCUAGAUUCAAGCCCACUUGGCCUAUAGCCUCUCCCCCAGGUCUCCCUCUCUUUGACACUACCUAACAUGGGCUUCAAUUUCAUCUCUUCCGACCCCCUAGCCAACCCCAUUAUUGGGAGGUCUUUGGCACAUACCACCUUAUAUCCUGGUAUUCACCAUAGUUGGGUUGUUUCUAUAUCUUUUUUUUUUUUUAAGCCAUGAGACUGUCGCUCUCUUAUGUAUCUUGUAUUUUCAAGUGCUCUCUCUCUCUCUCUCUCUCUUUUUUGCAUGUGAUUAAGCCACAUUUAUCCCUUUUUUUUAAAAAGAAAAUCAGGACUACUUUCUAUUUCUUCCUGCCUCCCUCUUGCUUUUUCUCUCUCUUCUGAUUCCUGUUGCGUUUCCGUGUUUUCCUUUCUUCUCCAUGCCUCUCUCUCUCUCUUCCUCCCUGUCUUCCUCCCACCUCUUGCCUCUGCCUCUUUCAUAGGUCCUUGUUAGACAGGACUGAUCCGUCAGACUGAAUGCACUGUUCCGUAGGUGUUAACAGAAAAACUGUUAAACACUUGAAUUUGCUGGCAAGCUGUAAAACUUGUCAGAUGCAACACAGGAUUCCUAAAAACUUCAUUUUCCCAACAUAAAGGUCUCACCGAGAUCAGCAGUGUUGAUAUUUCAUGGUGUUUCACCUCGCGUGUAUUCAUUCUAAGAUAAAAGUGGGCUCAAAGUUUAAAUGUUGGAUUGAUAAAAGAUCAGAGAAUUGUUUAAAUAAUGCCCCGGCUAAAGACAGAAGCGCGCUUAAAAGCUAUACUCACUUUCUAAUCAAAAACCUCUGCCUUCAAAAGAGAAUCGGUGUUAUGAAAAGACAUCCGGGCAAAUUAGAGAUUUUGUGAGUAAUCCUAAUUUUAUAUAAAAUAAAAGCGUCUUAGAUCCGACUUAAUGCUGAGAGCCGUCAGAGUAGAUAACAGACCCACCUCGAUAAGUAAUCCCCCCCGACGUUUGAUCCUUGCCCGACCCUGUGAGGUGCGUUGGAUAAAUCCACCCAGCACCGUAACUGAAAGGCAUCAUUAAACGGAGCUGAGGUAGCACAACGUGCAGCAAAGAGAAUUAACGCCACUUCACGUCCACACCCUCCCACCAUCUUUUUCCUCUUUAAUGUGCACUAAUAUCAGAGCAGACACCGAGGGGAGAAAGAGUGCAUGUUGUGUGUUUGACAGCAGAGGGCAGCGUGUGUCUUUGAAGCAUCCUCCUCGCUUGGUUCAGGCUUGUGCAGAACAAGGACAAUGACAGAGUGCAGACUGUGUCACAAAGGGAAUGGCUUAUUUAUCCAGUCUGAGUGUGCAAACUUAACGCACAGUAGACACUAGACCGGUGGCAUCAAUUACUGCAGUGAUGCAGUUCUCGAAAAGUUGUCUGCUUUGGUUUAUUUUGGUCUCUAAAUGGAACGACUCCACCCUAGCAUGAAACAAAAACACGGGCUCUCUGUAAAUUCACUUUUAAAUACCCUACGAUUCACUGCACAUAAAGAUCUUUCACAUAUCAGAUUAAUCCUGCAUUAUACAGUUGAUUUAAUGCCUACAUGGGGCACUGAGUAUGAUUGAAUAUAGUUACAUUACUGUAAUU